CACGGAUUAUCAAGGGCGAUAUGCGGGCGGUUAUUAUAGCAACGAAGGAUACGUUGGUCAAGAAUUUGUCGGCGUCACACGGUACCCGGGUUUCUACAGCCCAAAUGUUGGAAGCAGGCCUGACAGUGGAUCGUCUGAAUAUUCGUCGGAAACCAGACGCACUUCCGACCGCCGACGCCGACUAGUGAUAAUUACAGUCGCCGUUACAGUGACAUGUGUACUGAUUGUCGGGGCCAUCGUCGGCGCCGUCAUAGCGUCUUCUCUUGCUGAAGAUGGAAACGAUCAGCCCAUAGAAUAUGUGGAAAUCGACGUUACAAAGGACAUCAAAACCGAAGUGACGUUGGACGGGAAAGAGUUUCAUGUAGAUUACCUCAACAUGUCAUCUGACAAGUCCAUGAAAGCCGCUGCCGAGCUUGAGAAAAUGUAUGAUGAACAGUUCACCAACAGUGAAUAUAAGGACAUAUAUGUUGGAACCACCGUCCUUGGAUUUCGAAACGGAAGUUUGAUUGGCGAGGUCAACUCGGAAUUCAAAAUUAAGGUCAAGAUCGAAAAGAAGAAACCGGCGGAUACAACGUCUGAAACCACAACGCAAGCUACAAUCAAACUGAGCGCCGAAGACCUGGGGCUUAAAAUGGAAGUUGUAAUGAGUGUCAUCGAGAAGAUACCAGGCAUAAAGCCCAACGCAAUUUCAGAGGUAGACAAGUGUGACUCAAGCCCGUGUCAGAAUUCCGGAACAUGUGAAGGCCGCAUCAACCAAUAUGUGUGCCUUUGUCCACCUGGCUAUUCUGGGAUCAACUGUGAAACAGACAUCGACGAGUGUGACAGUUUCCCGUGCAAGCUCGAAGGUAUCUGCAAGGACUCGGUGGACAACUACACUUGUACGUGUCAGCGCGGUACAACCGGCAGGAACUGCGAAAUAAAUAUCGACGACUGUACACCCAAUCCAUGUGUUCAUGGCACGUGCAAUGAUGAACUGAAUGGGUACACAUGCACCUGUCAUCGUGGGUACACAGACAAGAACUGCACAACUGAUAUUGAUGACUGCGAUUCCAAGCCCUGUGUGCAUGGCAACUGUUCUGACCAAGUAGCAGGCUACACAUGCGCAUGUGAAACAGGAUACACUGAUAGUAUUUGUCAAACAGAUAUUGAUGACUGCAAUCCAAUGCCAUGUGUGCAUGGCAACUGUACUGACCAAGUGGCUGGGUACACGUGCACCUGUAAACCUGGGUACACUGGUAUUAACUGUCAAACCGAUAUUGACGACUGCGCCUCCCGCCCCUGUAUGCAUGGCAACUGUACGGAUAAAGUAGCAGGGUUUACAUGCUCUUGCUACCCUGGAUACUCAGGAACAGCCUGCCAAAUUGAUAUUGACGACUGCGCCUCCCGCCCUUGUAUGCAUGGUAACUGUACGGAUAAAGAAGCAGGGUUUACAUGCUCUUGCUACCCUGGAUACUCCGGCACAACCUGCCAAACAGACAUUGACGACUGUGUCGGUGUUGUGUGCCAAAAUGGAGGCACUUGUAGGGAUAUGGUCAAUGGCUACAUCUGCAGCUGUGCACAUGGCUAUGUGGGUCUGAUGUGUGAAACUAACAAAAACGAUUGCAAUUCAAGCGUCUGUCAGAACGGUGCCACUUGUGUCGAUCUUGUAAAUGACUACCGAUGCAACUGUCACGCUGGCUACAUGGGGGACCACUGUGAAAUUGAUAUCAACGAGUGCUCUCUUAAUCCAUGUAUCAAUGGGGCUUCCUGCAUUGAUCAAGUAAACAACUACACCUGCGUGUGUAGAGCUGGUUUUACUGGACGUAACUGCGAUUCAGAUAUCAACGAGUGCAUGCCGAAUCCAUGUCAUAAUGGGUCCACAUGCGUGGAUCAGGUGAACAAUUAUACAUGCGUCUGUAAAGCGGGUUUCACUGGACGUAACUGUGAUACAGAUAUCAACGAAUGCUCCCUUAAUCCAUGCAACAAUGGGGCCUCUUGCAUUGAUCAAGUAAACAACUUCACAUGCUUGUGUAGAGCUGGUUUCACCGGACGUAACUGCGAUACAGAUAUCAACGAGUGCAUGCCGAAUCCAUGCAAUAAUGGGUCCACAUGUGUCGACCAGGUGAACAAUUAUACAUGCGUCUGUAAAGCGGGUUUUACUGGACGUUACUGCGAUACAGAUAUUCACGAGUGCUCUCCAAAUCCAUGCAACAAUGGGGCCUCCUGCAUUGAUCAAGUAAACAACUACACCUGCUUGUGUAUAGCUGGUUUCACUGGACGUAACUGCGAUUCAGAUAUCAACGAGUGCAUGCCGAAUCCAUGUAAUAAUGUAUCCACAUGUGUGGACCAGGUGAACAAUUAUACAUGCGUCUGUAAAGCGGGUUUCACUGGACGUAACUGUGAUACAGAUAUCCACGAGUGCUCUCCAAAUCCAUGCAACAAUGGGGCCUCCUGCAUUGAUCAAGUAAACAACUACACCUGCUUGUGUAUAGCUGGUUUCACUGGACGUAACUGCGAUUCAGAUAUCAACGAGUGCAUGCCGAAUCCAUGCAAUAAUGGGUCCACAUGCGUGGACCAGGUGAACAAUUAUACAUGCGUCUGUAAAGCGGGUUUUAUUGGACGAAACUGUGAAACAGGUAUCAACGAGUGCUCUCCAAAUCCAUGCAAGAAUGGGUCCACGUGCGUUGAUCAAGUAAACAACUACACUUGCCUGUGUAGAGCUGGUUAUACUGGUCGUAACUGCGAUACAGAUAUCAAUGAAUGCUCAACGAGUCCAUGCAUGAAUGGUUCCACAUGCGUUGAUCUAGUGAACGACUAUUUCUGUGUCUGCGGGCCAGGCUCUAAUGGAAAGAAUUGUGAUAUUGCUUUGUCAACUACAACUUUAAGUACAGCAGGAACAACCAAAGCCUCAACAACAGCGUCACAAAACACAUCGAUCACUUGGAACCAAACAACUGGAACAACAGCACCAUCUAACACUUGGAACCAAACAUCUGGCACAACAACACAAUUAAACACUUGGAACCAAACGUCUGGAACAACAACACCAUCAAACAUUUGGAACCAAACAUCUGGCACAACAACACUAUUUAACACUUGGAACCAAACAUCUGAGACAAUAACACAAUCAACCACUUGGAACCAAACGUAUAGAACAACAACUCCAGCAAACACUUGGAACCUAACAUCUGUCACAACAACACCAUUAAAUAAUUGGAACCAAACAUCUGGAACAACAACACCAACAACCACUCGGACCCAAACAUCUGAAACAACAACACCAAGAUACCCAGCAACAAACACUACAUGGUUUCCGACAACUGAAACAACACCACCAAGAUCAACUACCUCUUCUGUUCCGACUUGCAACCCAAACAGCACAUACUUCAUUACUGGAAUGAUGAAUACUACGUGGAGCUCGACAAUGGAUGAUACUAACUCAAGUCUCUACCACAAUAUGAGCACCAUGUUGACAAAUGAGAUUUCAAUACGAUUGAGCAGUUUCGGAAUGCCCGUGUGUGUCAUGAUGGUGAAAUUAAUGCCAAUUGGAAAUCUUUCGUCUUCAAUUUCUGCGACGUCGAGCGGUCCGAAUAUUACAGGCUUCCUCUCACAAGUGCAACUAGGUUCUGUCGAAUACAGUGACCAGGCGAUUCUUGGCAUGCUGAAUAAUUUCUCAGACAGCUAUAUGUACUUUAUGGACGUAGAAAGCAAGUAUUUGUUCUGCCUAACCACAACUAUGCCCACUACACCGCCAAAUAUGUCAUGUGGAGGCCGAUUUUAUGGAAGUGGCAGCAUUUUUUCUCCAAAUUACCCAUCAAACUAUCCAAAUAGCCAGACCUGUAUUUACUACUUACAAUCGAACGCCAGCUCGCGACUGUGCCUUCGUUUUGAUGACUUUAAUACAGAAUCUGGGUACGACUAUGUGUAUGCGCAUGACGGCCCAAACACGAAUUACACACUACUUGGAAGUUUUUCCGGAAACAUCAGUGCUUAUUUUACAAGAUGCUCUUCCGGCCCCUAUUUGACGGUGAAUUUCACUUCUGGUGAAACUGUCAGUGACACCGGAUUCUAUGCACAAUUCUUUUCUUCAAAUGAUACGUAUACGAGUGAGUAA